UAUAAAAAAAUACAUAUAUCAAAUAGUCCACUAAUUAUGCACCUACUUCCGUUGAAUCCAUAGUUAUUAGUUUUGUUUUUGUUUUUGUUUUAUUGUUUGUUUGACAAUUCCGUAGUUGUUAUUAGUUAAUAACAAUAAAACCCAAAUACAAAGCUAAAGAAGCAUAAUACACUCCACAUUGUUUUUUCUUGUAAAUUUGCUCUUGUUAAAAGGAGAACUUAUGGCGAGUAUUGUGGUAGGAGCACUCCUUUCAGCUUCUGUGAAGCUAGUGUUGCAAAAUAUAGUUUCAAGUGAUUUCGUGAACUUUUCUCGGAGAACGAAACUAGAUGUUUCGCUCUUAGAAAAAUUGAAAAGAACACUUCUGAGUCUUCAAGCUGUACUUAAUGAUGCUGAAGAGAAACAAAUCACCAAUCCUGCUGUCAAGGAAUGGCUGGUUAUGCUGCAAGAUGCUGUCUUUGAAGUUGACAAUUUGUUUGACGAAAUCAACACCGAGGCAUUGAGGCGCAAAGUGGAAGCCAAGCAUGAAGGCCAAACUCUCAGUGGUAAGGUGCACAACAUCUUUUCUUCUCAUGUGAAACUGUUUAAGAGAAACAUCAAUUCGAAAAUGCAUAAAUUGUUUGAAAGAUUAGAAUACUUGAGACAACAGAAUCUUGGAUUAAAAGAAAGUGUCGAUGUUUAUACUCCUACUUAUUCUUUUCUUGGUGAGAAAUCUUCUAUUUGUGGUAGAGAUGAUGAUAUAAAGAAACUCAAAGAUCUUUUAUUUUCAGAAGGUACUAGUGAUAUUAGAAGUAAAGUAGGAGUGAUUUCCAUUGUGGGCAUGGGAGGACUGGGUAAAACAACCCUUGCCAAACUCCUUUACAGUGAUCCUGAAGUGAAGGAGAAAUUUGAGUUGAGAGGGUGGGCAUAUAUCUCAAAAGAUUUUGAUGUAUUCAAGAUCACUAAAACCCUUUUUGAUUCUGUCACUUCAAAAAUAAUUAAUUAUGAUGCUUCAAAAAGAAAUGUUGCUUGGGACCAGAAUAAUCUACAAUGGCAAUUGCAACAAUGUUUAAGCAAUAAAACUUUUUUGCUUGUAUUGGAUGACGUAUGGUAUGGAAGUUACGUUGGUUGGAACAAGCUGAGUGACAUCUUUAAUGUUGGGGAAAUGGGGAGUAAGAUCAUCAUCACAACACGAGAUGUAAGAGUUGCACGGCUCAUAAAACCCUUGCCUUAUCUCUACCAUUUGAAACCUCUUGAAACUAAAGAUUGCUGGUCUUUAAUUGCUAAACAUGCAGGUUAUGACAUGAACCAAUGCUACCUGGAAGUAAUUGGCCAAAUAAUUGCCACUAAAUGUAGAGGCUUACCAUUAGCUGCAUUUGCACUUGGGGGUCUUCUUCGAAUGAAAGUGUCAGAAGAUUAUUGGAAUGAUGUGUUAAAAAGUAAUAUUUGGGAAUUGACUGGUGAUGAGGUGCAACCUGCUCUACUAUUGAGCUAUCGUUAUCUUCCUGCUCAUUUAAAAGGAUGCUUUGCUUAUUGUUCAAUUUUUCCAAAGAAUUCGUUAUUAGAGAAAAUGAUGGUAGUUCAACUGUGGAUUGCAGAAGGAUUAGUAGUUCCACCAAAAAGUAAUUGGGAAAGGUGGGAACAUGUAGCAGGAGAGUACUUUGAUGAACUUGUGGCAAGGUCACUGAUAGAGCGACGGUCAGUGGAGGGAGAAGAAUGCUUUGAAAUGCACGACCUCAUCAAUGAUUUAGCAACAAUGGUUUCAUCUCCCAAUUGCAUGAGGAUGGACGAAUUGAAUCAACACGAAAGUUUUGGAAGGGUACUUCAUUUUUCGUACAAUAGAGGGCAAUAUGACUCUUACGAUAAAUUUGUUAAGUUGUAUGAAUUAACAGGUCUGCGAACGUUCUUAGCGUUACCAUUACAAGAUAUGUGGUCUGCUUGUUGGUUAUCAAACAAGGUAUUAGAUGACUUGUUGCCAAGAACAAAACAGUUGCGUGUGCUGUCUUUGUCAAACUAUUGUACUAUCACCAAGUUGCCCAACUCUAUUGGAAACUUGAUGUGCCUUCGAUACUUGAAUCUCUCUCGCACUCAGAUUGAAAGGUUGCCUUCUGUAACAUGCAAACUUUACAAUCUACAAACCUUAUUGCUGUCAGGCUGCUGGUGUCUCACUGAAUUACCAAAUGACAUGGGGAAAUUGGUCAAUCUACGCCACCUUGACAUCAGAGGAACUCAGUUGAAGGAAAUGCCUGCACAAAUAGUCAGAUUAGAAAAUCUCCAAACUUUAUCUGACUUUGUUGUUAGCGAACAGUGUGAUGGAUUGGAGAUUGCAGAUUUGGGAAAAUUUCACCAUAUUCAGGGAAAGCUUUCUAUCUUACAGCUACAAAAUGUUAAUGAUCCCUCAGAUGCUUUUAAAGAAAAUUUGGAGAUGAAAAUUCGUAUUGAUGAAUUGGUACUAGAAUGGAAAUGGCAUGACACUACAAAUUCAAAAAUUCAAAGUGUUGUACUCGAAAAGUUGCGGCCCUCAAUAUAUUUGAAAAAACUCCAUAUUUUUGGCUAUGGUGGAAACAACUUUCCAAACUGGUUGGGAGAUUCUUUAUUUUCCAACAUGGUGUAUUUGGAGAUCUCAAAUUGUCGUAAUUGUUCAUGGAUGCCACCUCUAGGACAAUUAGAUAAUCUGAAAGAAAUAUUUAUUUCUAGGAUGGAAUCAAUAAAGAGAGUUGGUAUUGAAUUUUAUGGAAGUAGUGGUUCUCCUUCGUUUCAACCAUUUCCCUCCUUGGAGACACUCUCAUUUUUUACUAUGCCAGAGUGGGAGGAAUGGGAGCCGAUUGGUGGCAUAAGUACAAAGUUUCCUAGUCUUAAAUGUCUGUCACUGGAAACAUGUCCUAAACUCAAAGGUAACAUACCAAGAAACCUUCCUUCCUUAACUAUACUUGAGUUUAAGGGAUGUCCUCUGUUGAUGGAAUCAGGGGAUUCACAUAAUAAUACCAACAUAAUAAGGUCACCGUCUGAUGUUGUAUUUAGGCAGUUGAUGCUACCUCCUUUGAGUUCUCUUCAAAAAUUGGAGAUAGACAGCUUUCCCUCUUUGACAUGUUUCCCCAGAGAAGAUUUACCCAAAACCUUGAAAUCUCUCAAAAUCAGUAAUUGUGAGAAUCUAGCAUUCCUUCCUCGUGAAUCCUUGUGCAAUUACACAUCACUUGAGGAUUUGGAAAUAUUUCGUAGUUGUAGCUCAAUGACAGCGUUCACCUUCGGUUCUCUCCCAGUCCUCAAAACUAUGUGUAUUGCAGCUUGUAAAAAUCUGAAAUCGAUAUUAAUUGCAGAAGAUGUGCCACAACAGAAUCUCUCAUUUCUUAGAAGCAUCACAAUACGGUUUUGUGAUGAACUGGAGUCAUUUUCCCUGAGUGGUUUACCCACUCGCAACCUCAUUUAUAUGGAGGUGCAAAAGUGUAAAAAACUUUGUUCACUACCAGAACCUAUAAACACUCUAGCUAGCCUUCAAGAAAUGGAAAUUCAAAAUCUUCCAAAUCUGCAAUCUAUUGCCAAAGAUGGUUUGCCUACCAGUUUACAACAACUGAUUAUUGGCUCAAUUGGAGGGAUUUUGGGGAAUACAUUAUGGGAAAGUCUCAAAUGUCUUUCAGUGUUGCGAAUUAAUAGUGGUGAUAUAGUGAAGGCUCUAAUGAAAAUGGAAGUGCCACUCCUACCUUCUUCUCUCGUUUCCUUAUACAUCUAUGGUGUUGAAGAUAUAGAAUGCUUGGAUGGGAAGUGGCUUCAACAUCUCUCCUCUCUCCGUAACCUUGACAUUGAAUGGGCUCCAAAGCUCAAUUCAUUGCCAGAACAGGGAUUUCCUUCCUCUCUUUCCGGACUGCAUAUCAAAAACUGUCCGUUGCUGGAACCAAGUUUGCAGAGGAAGCAAGGGAAAGAGUGGCGUAAGAUUGCUCACAUCCCCUCCAUAGUUAUCGACAACAAAAUGAUCACCUGAGUUUGAUAUCUCUGAUCAACCAGGAUUCAAGGGUGAUUGUGUGACUGGAACCAUGAUGGAAGCAGUGGCAUCUCAUAGUUGAUAUCGCAGCAACUACUUUGCCGUCACUGGAUGCAGUAGAGGAUCCAUACUUUAAAAGUCGAAGAGGAUCAGUGUUUUCUUAUAAACUGCAUUUUGUUACGAUUUCCAAAGCUAUUCUUAUUCAUUCAAACAGACAACUUAGGGUGACUUUUGUGCUAGAAGCACUUUUUUGUUUGAAAAAGGUGGUGAAGAAAUCCUAUUUUAAAUACAUUAUUAUUUGACCAUAAGGUUUCUUUGAAGCAGGACAUUUUUACCACCUGGUUUGAUUCAGGAGUAUUUAGCAAUGCACUACAACUAUGACAACUUCUCGCUCUCGGUUAUUUAAUUUUUACAACUUGUACAUGACUCAUGAGUUGUCUCUGCAUAUUUUGA